UGGGGGGGGGUUGUGUGUGGUGCGCGCGCGUGUGUGUGUGUGUGUGUGCGUGACCUUCGCUAACUAGCACACUAGUCUUUCUCUCGAGACUCUGGACUUUCAGUGAAUGUUUACAAGUAUUUUGGAGGAUGCGAGAAUAACGAGGUGUUGGGCUCGAACCUGUGACGGAUUCCGGACAGUUGGAGAGACUUCGUGUUUCUCUGUCCGCUGGACACGUCGACGAGAUUUAAAAAGUCUCUUCUGUGCUCGAUUGGCCCUCGCUGUCUCCUCUCCUCUCCAGCAACAUGGACCAUAGCCACCAUCACCACACCAUGCCACCACCCACCACCGGCGGACACGACCACGGGGGAGGAGGGAAUGACGGGAGCACUGGAGGACACAUGGGGAUGGUGAUGACCUUCUACUUGGACUACAAGAACGUCGAGCUGCUGUUCACUGGACUGCUCAUCAACUCCCCUGGAGAGAUGGUCGGAGCAUGUAUUGGUGUCUUCCUAUUGGCCGUCCUGUACGAGGGACUAAAGAUUGGACGUGAAGCGUUGCUGCGUCGCAGUCAGGUCAACGUGCGGUACAACUCUAUGCCGCUCCCAGGGGCUGAUGGGACAAUGCUGAUGGAGACGCACAAGACGGUCGGCUCAGUGAUUGACAGUCAUGGUUUGGAGGGGGCGGAGCCUUCUGUUGGAAAAAAGUUAUGGCCCUCAGCACGCGAUGUCAGGCAGCGGAUGCUAAGCCCGGGCCACUUCAUGCAGACCCUGUUGCACAUCAUCCAGGUGGUCAUCAGCUACUUCCUGAUGCUCGUAUUCAUGACCUACAACGGUUACCUGUGCAUCGCCGUGGCAGCUGGUGCCGGGAUGGGCUACUUCCUGUUCAGCUGGAGGAAGGCGGUGGUCGUCGACAUCACCGAGCACUGCCAUUAGCUAACAUGCUAAUUAGCAUUGCGCCGGGAGGUUUAAUUUCUGCUGAUCACAAUCGAUAAAUGGUAACAACUACCUUCAUGUUUUGUAAGUGCUCUAGCCAACGUGCUACUGAAACUACAAACUACCAGAAUGGUGCAUCAUGAAACACUAAAUUAAUAAUAACCCCUUGUUGUAGGAUAGCAUGCACUUUAACAAACAUAAAUAAAGACCUUUUGUUUUACAGAAAACAAAAAAUCAUUUACUAUUGACUUCUGCCAGACUAGUCAGCCAAUCAGAGCUUGGAUCACAUUAGAAAAUUCUGAUUGGCCAGAUCACUAUUUUCUCUUUUAAUCUUUUUUCUGUGCCAUGUCAACGGGUUAGCUGCUGUUAGCCAAAACGUACGUAGUUUACAUACACUUCUUUUAGUUAGCAUCGUUGGCAGAUUAUUUUAAGAGCCAAUCAUAGCAAAUUAUUUAAGUAGUUUGAUUAAUUGAAUAUACACAUUAAUUACAGUAAAUCAACAUUUCACAAAAAAAAAACGUUUUAUUGAAAAAUCCACACGAUUCAACUUUAUUCAAUAAUCAGAACAACAGAGCAACAGAACAUCCGACGUUAAACUAAACUGAAAAUGUAAAUCAUUUUCUUGUUGACACCAAAUCUUUCUUUACACAUUUUAUAAAAACAUUUUUAAAUAAAUUAUUUGUCCAGUUUGUGUUUGAGAAUCUGACUGGUUGGUGAGUCAGCCAAUCAGGGCUCGGAUAUUUUUUCACAUCUACACUGACAAUUUCCCCAGUUUUCUUUUUAAAUCUUUGAAACACGAGUUUACAUUCACACACAGUAAAUAACUUAAUUGAUUCAAUUUACUGGUGUCUUUUUUUUUUCUGAGCCUUAAACUCGACACCGUUUGCCUUAAUGUGGCCAACGAGUUGAAACGUCCUGAUGUACAAUGUUCUGUGACUGGAGGCCAGUGUUCGAUCUGCUGCUUAUCAGUGUCAUCAUUAAAUCUGUCGUUAAUUGUCUGCUGCUCUCUCUUCACGAUGACCUGACAACGUUGGUCUCUUAUCUUUAGCUUCGGAUGAAAUGUCGUUCAUGGCAGCAUCAGACGUUGUGAUAUGUUGUGAUUUUUUAAAAUAAAUCGUUUCACUCUGAGAUAGGUGGAGUUUACUUAAUGGACCAAUGAGAUUACAGGGACAGAUAGGUUACUGGAUUUCUAUUUCGUGAGUCGACAUACUUUAGGCCAUUAUCAGGUGUCCACAGUGGGCAGUUGUAUUUUGAUGAAGGGUGUCCAUAUACUUUUGUCCAGGUGCUGUUGUUGUGAGAGGGGCCACAUCAGGUUUAAUGUCACGUUUAAUGUCAGGUUUGAUUUUCUCGUGAUUAUGAUGGAAACUUGUGAAGGAAACUUUUAUAUCUGAGUCUGAAAAUGUUUUAAUUGUCACAAAUGCUGGAAUAAAAAAAAAAUAAAAAAGUUAAUGAAGAA